CCUCAUUUUCAUGCCAUAAGUUCAUCUCUCGACACUCUCAACUCGUCCUAUCGCUUCACCAAACUGGCCGUUCAAACAUAAAUACUGUUCAUCUCCCCGGGCAGAUUUCCAUCCCAAGCUGAAACCUUCUACAUUUGCCUGGGGGGGUGAGGAACAUAUCGAAUGUUAAUGGUGGUGACGCGCUUGACUGUCGAUCUUAACAUGGGUUCUGCCUCCGCUAUCGCAUUUCUUCUUUGGGAACUCGCGAUAACAUUCGACCGUGAGGUGGAUUUUAUUUGGCCCAAACCGAGAACCUCUUGGAUUAAGUGGGCAUUUCUCUUUGCUCGAUACUUUCCUCUCUUGGCCGGAACUUGUGGCCGUGUUAUCGAUUCCUUGGUCUUGUAUAAGGAUCCAAUUCCCAUAUCGCUCAAUGCCUUGCGCAUCUGGUAUAUCUGUCAGGUUCUAGUACUCUAUCUGAUGAUGCUGGGAGCGGAAAUUGUUAUGAUGGCUCGAGUCUAUGCGUUGUAUAAUCGCAAUCGAUAUAUUGGAGGGGUGUUCCUUCUCCUUCUUGUUGGUGAAAGUACAUCGGUCAUAGUUGGCCUCGCGCUCAAUUUGCCAAGCAAAAAUUUCGAUUCUGGCGACCUAAUAACAACCUCCUCGGACUCUUACAUUUAUUUCGGAGUCUCGGCAAUGAUUUCACAAGUGGUCAUUCUUGCUUUUUCUAUAUAUCGAUAUAUCCGUGGGGACUGGAGAGGCGUUCCAUUAGUCUCCCUCAUGAUUCGGGACGGAACUCUUGCCUUUGGAGUACUUUUCUUCGUUUCUUGUCUGCUGGUUAUUUAUACGGCAAUGGAUCUCACCUAUUCCACACCCACAUCUGCAUGGCUGAUCAACUUCAUUUCAGCGGCUGAGUGCCGACUCAUUCUGAAUUUGCAGGAGAUUCCUCUUCCAAAUAGUACUUACCGGACUUCUGAUACACCGCUGACGACAUUCCUCGUGGACAAUAGUCGACUAGCAACGACUGCAGAUCUGGAAAAUCAAACAAACGUUACAACCCCAUGACAUUCACACCCUUUUAAGUCUACCAUGGCACUGUAUAUACUAGCAUCAUCUGUACUAUAUCAAUUGGGCGGA